UUUUUUAUUUUUUAUUUCCAAAUCUAAACCCCCAAUUUACUUUCUCCCUCCUACUUUCAUUUUCCCUCUUUCUCUCUCCUAUGUGACCCAAAAUGAAACCCUAGCUACGUUGUAUCUUGAAAAGAAAAAAAAUCCCUAAUUUCUUGCUAAAUUCGUUAAAUCAAAUUGGGGCUUCCGCCGGAAAAAAGCUUAGAUUUAAACCCUAAUUCAACAAUAACGUUGAUCGCUGGAGAUUUUAUCAAGUGUGAAAUGAAUUUUAAGAUCUGAUUAGUUUGUACGGACAUGAAUGGUGGACAUGUAGGUUGGGGAUUUUGGGUUAUAAAUAGUAGACUGAUUGCAUGUUAAUGGAAGAUAGAGCAGAAAAGGUUCAUGGUACUGAAAAUGCUGAGAAGUCUAUGUCAUUGGAUGUGCAAAGGGUAUAUAAUCAGAGGCCCUGGGUUUCCGCUGGUAAAAAGCGUGGUUCCGGAAAUGGGGGUGGUAGUAGUGGUAGUGGUUUGAAACGUAAGCUUGAUCCUGAUGAUCAAAAUGAAACUAGGAAAAAGAGUAAAAAGGAGGUGUUGUUGAGUAGUUUGUCGCCUGGGAAGAAGAAUAAGAAGAGUGCCGGGGAAGUUUGUAAGAGUCGCUUGAACUCUGCUUCUGUUGACUCGGGCAAGCCGGAGUCACGGGAGGGUUCGAGAGUGGAUGGUGGCAGUGUUAGUUAUGGUGGUAUUUCUCUUAACUUGAAUGGUAAUGUUAAUAUACCCAAGCGCCCUCGAGAUUUGGUUCGGAGAAAGAAGGUUGAGGUUGAUCUUGUGUCGAAGCAGGGGGGGACAUCAAGUAGUAAAGCGAGUUCUGCUGAAAGAGAAGGCAAGUUAAAUGGCAAUGCAGGUGGUACCUUAUUACAAAAUGGCAUUGCUAAUGGGAAUUUUGCUCAGAAUGGUGAAUGUGAGGGUACUUCCAAUGGUAGUGUCACAGAAAAGGUGAAAAGAAAAAAUAAUUCUCAUGAUCAUAAAGAAAACAGGUCUAGCAGUCCUGACUUGCUUUGUAAUUUGAAAAGAGAUGAUUCUCAUUCCUCUCUAGGUAAUGGAAAUUCAGUGACUAGGAAAGCUAGAAGGGAUCAUAAGAAAAAUAAAGAUUCCAGAACUAGAAGUCCUGGGUUGACAGUUGAAGCUAAGCCAUCAUUGGAUGAGCCUAGUAGGAUCUGUGACGAUUCUCUGGAUGAUGAAGAGAAUCUUGAGGCAAAUGCAGCGAGGAUGCUUUCAUCUCGCUUUGAUCCAAGCUGCACGGGGUUUUCUACUGGAGGCAAGAGCUCUAAAUUGCCUUCUGCAAAUGGUCUCUCAGCGUUGAUCUCUUCCAGUGCAGAUUUGGUUACUGCACAUUCUAACUCUAGAGAUGAGUCAGAUAUUGAAUCUAGUGAUGCUGAAGCCAGGGUUCUACGACCGAGGGAGCAGCAGAAAGGUAAGGGGCUCUCAAGAAAACGACGCCAUUUUUAUGAAGUCUUUUGUAGGGAUUUUGAUUCUUAUUGGGUACUCAACCGAAGGAUUAAGGUGUUCUGGCCAUUGGACCAGAGAUGGUAUUUCGGUCAUGUCUUUGAUUAUGAUCUAGAGAAAAAACUUCAUCAUGUUAAAUAUGAUGAUCGUGAUGAAGAAUGGAUUGACCUUCAACACGAGAGGUUCAAGCUCUUACUACUACCAAGUGAGGUGCCUGGAAAAGGUGGGCGAAAAAGAUCAAGAGCACAUUCAAGGAAGAGGAAGCCUGUUGUUGAUACUGCUGAUAUAAAGGAGAAGGCUAAUAGCAGCUGUAUGGAGUCUGAGCCUAUUAUUUCAUGGUUGGCUCGAGCUAGUAACCACAAAUCACCACCCAUAAGGAAAAGAAAGAGAACCUUGCUCGGAUCUGCAAAUUCUCCAUCACCUGCCACCUCUGAAGGGAAAUUGGAGCCACGGGGAAGCCUGGAAGUGGGUUUUUCUGGGCGUGAUGCUGAUGACUUUGCUUGUAGUUCUGGGUUGCCAAACAAAUUAGGUGAUUCCUCAAGUGAGAGAAAGCCGAUUGCAGAGAACAUUCUUUCUAAUAAUGGUAGAGCUCCAAUAGUUUAUUUUAGGAGGCGGUUCCACAGAAGAGAACAGCCAUCUAUUUCUCUUGAAGGGGGCUUGUGCCAAUCAUCAGAGAAGCCUCAAGUAUUUGGCAAUGCAUCUGAUUUUGUUGCUGACAUGUCACUGUCAGUUGGUGAAUGUAGUCACCUUGCCUAUAGAUUGAGCAAUGACGAGCUCAUUUGGGACAUUGGUUGUUCAGGGUUGCUGAAGCUGAUUACUACAGUCACAAGUUUAAAGGUGUUAAACUUUGAUAUUAGCUUCCCUUUGCCAGUUUUGUUCAGCAACAUUGUUGGAUGGCAGAACUACACGUUCAUGCUUCAACGUGGUACUUUGAUCUCCACCUGGCCUCUGGUCAAUUUGGAGAUACUGUUCGUAGACAAUGCUGCCGGUCUGCGGUUUCUCUUGUUUGAAGGUUGCAUGAAGCAGGCAGUCUCAUUUGUUUUCUUGGUCUUGGCUGUAUUUUGUGCAUCCGAGCAGAAAGAAAGGCAUGAUGAUCAGCAGCUUCCAGUGACAUCAGUCAGGUUCCGGUUUUCUGGCUUGCAGUAUCUUGAAAAGCAGCUUGUAUUUACACUCUAUAACUUCAGUGAGAUAACAAAUUUCAAGUGGUUGUACCUUGACAGAAAGCUGAAGAAGCACUGUAUGCUUUCCAAGCAACUGCCACCAUCUGAAUGCACUUAUGAUAACAUUAAGUUACUCCGAUAUGGUUCAAAUCAGUGGAAAUUGACCAAUGUUCCCCGGAAACCCUCUUCAGUGAUGAAUCUAAAGAAAAGAUCUAAACAGCGUGGAACAAGAUUUUCUUCUAGGCAGACUGCUUGUGUCAAGCUGAGCCGACUAGCUUUUGAUAGUGACGAAAAACAUGGAAGACCUCCUGCUUUUGCUCUUUCAUUUGCUGCUGCACCUUCAUUCUUUCUUAAUCUGCAUUUGAGGCUACUAAUGGAGCGCAGCAUUCCUUCCUCCAGCUUUAGGGAGCAAGAUCCUUUAUAUUUGAUGGAUCAUCCUGAUAACGAGGAUGGAUUAGUGGGUGUUGACAGGUUUCCAGUUAAUGACAAUUCUGUGUUGUCUUCACUUACAGUGGGGAGUAAUUCACAUGUCUUGUCAAAUGGUAGAGUUGAGUUAGAUUCUUGUCCAAACGUUGAUCUUGGGGUCAAUAAUUUCUCUGUGGAUCUUGCUGAAGGAAUGGCUGCUAAUUCUUCGCACAGCUCUUUGGUUUCUCCAGAGAAUGAGGCUGAUAGCAUGCUUCAGCCGGAAAAAGGGAAAGCUCAGCUAAUUGAAAGUAAGCAAAGUCUAUUAUCAUCACAGCCAUUAGAUGCCAAGCAUCUAUAUACAGUUGACAACAAGGUGAAAGGCGGUCCGCUGAAUGGCAUGGCCGUUGACAUUCAAUCAUCUGUUUCGGUCGAAAGGAAUACUGAUGCUGAUAUUCAAAAUAUUCAAAACUCUAUCGAUUUACCUUUGGAUACCAAUGAUGGGAUAUGCAGUCCAAACCUUAGUGCUUCUCAACUUAUGUGGAAUAAGAGUAGAAUUGGUAAUUCAUGUUCUUCAGCUUCUGCAAGUCAUUCCCCAGGCUGGAUUGACAGGAAACAAGACUUUCUCCGCAGUGGUUUUGGCAAUGGACCUAAGAAGCCACGAACUCAAGUUUCAUAUUCUCUGCCAUUUGGAGGACAGGAUUAUAACUCUAAGAACAAAUUUCAUCAGUCAAAAGGUUUUUCUCAUAAACGCAUCAGAAGAGCUAGUGAGAAAAAAACAUCUGAAGCCUUUGGGACUUCUCAAAAGAAUAUGGAAUUGUGUUCUUGUGAGGCAAAUGUUUUGGUUAUUGUGGGAGAUCGAGGGUGGAGAGAAUAUGGGGCAAGGAUUAUGCUUGAGCUUUUUGAUCACAAUGAGUGGAGGCUUGGUGUUAAAAUUUCAGGGGAUACCAGAUAUUCUUACAAAGCGCAUCAGUUUGUGCAACCUGGAACAACAAACCGCUACACUCAUGCUAUGAUGUGGAAAGGAGGAAAGGAUUGGACUCUGGAAUUUCCUGACCGUUCUCAGUGGGCUUUUUUUAAGGAGAUGCAUGAAGAAUGCUAUAAUAGGAAUUUCCGUGCUGCUUCUGUGAAAAAUAUUCCCAUUCCAGGGGUUCGUCUGGUUGAAGAAAAUGAUGAUAAUGUACCUGAAGCACCGUAUGUUCGACCUUCUCCGAAAUACUACCGACAGGUGGAAACUGAUAUUGACAUUGCUAUGGAUCCAUCCCGUGUUUUAUAUGACAUGGACAGUGAUGAUGAGCGGUGGAUCUUGGAACAAAGAGCCUUAGAUUUUAAUGGAAGCGGCUGUUGGGAUGUCUCUGAUGAAAUGUUUGAGAAGACUAUUGAUGUACUUGAGAAACUUGCAUGUGCUAAACAACGUGAUGACUUCAGCUUGGAUGAAUUGGAGGAGGCAACGACUGAGGUUGGGCCAAUAGAAGCAAUUAAAAUCAUUUAUAAGCACUGGAGUGAGAAACGACGGAGAAAGGGAAUGCCUUUGGUCCGCCAUUUACAGCCUCCACUCUGGGAAAAGUAUCAGCAGCAAGUAAAAGAAUGGGAGCAAUUGAUGGCAAAGAGUAACCUGGCCCUCACCAGUGGAUGCCAAGAAAAACCCUUGACUAUUGAGAAACCUCCAAUGUUUGCAUUCUGUUUGAAACCGCGAGGAUUGGAAUUGCCGAAUAGGGGGACAAAACAGAGGUCACAAAAGAGACUUCCAGUUGGUGCACUGAGCAAUGGAAUUCCAGGAGACGCUGAUGCUUUUCAUUCUAUGGUUGGACGCAGAUCAAAUGGGUUUGCUUUAGGGGAUGACAGAUCUGUCUACAGUGCUUAUAAUCAAGGGCUAUCUGACUCUUCUCCUGUCCUCCAGGGAUCAACAAGGAUGUUCUCUCCCAGGGAUUCCGGGACUGGGGGGUACUUUUCAUUGAGUAGUGAUGGGUAUGAGAGAAAUCAUUACCCGAAACUCUAUAGAAACAAGUCCAAGAAGUUGUGCUUCAUACCAUCCUCUAGUGAUCAUCAGCCAUUUUCUUCCUACAGCCAGAGAACUCCAGGCAAGAGAAGUUCAGUUCAAUUAUGGAAUUCUCCUGAGUGGCCCAGUCAAAUGCAUUUCCACCCAGAUGAGUUUCCCAGGCACAACUUCGAGCAACUGGAUCCGUCGGAGCUGGAUGAGUUUAGAUUGCGAGAUGCAGCAAGUGCUGCUCGACAUGCCGCCACCGUAGCAAAGAUGAAGAGGGAAAAUGCUCAAAGAAUGCUUUGUAGAGCUGAUCUGGCUAUGCACAAAGCAGUGGCUGCUAUCAUGACUGCUGAGGCAGUUAAAGCUUCAUGCGGGGAGGAAAAUAUUGAUGCUCAGAUGAGUGGGUGAAGCCUUUUCUGAUUUGCAGAGCUCUUUUUUCACACGGGAUUUCGACUCCCAAAUGUAUCAGGAGAUGUACUUGAUGGUUGCGAAAAAGAUCUGGCUUUGUUCUCCUGAUAACUGGAAUUUGUAGAUACAGAAGUCCUCUAACGUGCUAAAAGCUGACUCAGUGGGGUGCAUGAAACUUCUCUUUUUUCCCAGAGACGCCAGGCUUUUCAGCUCACUAGAUUUUUACCGAGGUGGUAUCAUUGAGUGGUUUGCUGUUAGUUUGCCUGAAAAGUCUGAAACCCCCCUCUUGUUUGAGCAGGUAAUGGGUGCAUGAAAUUUUUGUUGCCGUUGUACAGAAAUUUUCUUUUCUUUUCUAUUUCUUUCUAUAACCUUUAGUUUAGCAUUAAAGGAGCGUGCUAAAUAAUAGAAUACACUCCUUGAGAUGUUGUUAGAACAUCUGAUUGGUUUCCAUCAGCGGUUGUCUUAUUAUCCAGAGCACUAUAUAGGAAAAUUAUAUCCAGAGGAUAGAGAAUUGUAAGUAAAUGCUUCGAAAGUUGAAAAAUAUAUGAGAGGCCAAGUAUCCAUUGCUUCUCUUUUCAUA